CGGCUGUCCCACCGGGAGGCGGGCCGGCGCGGGGGGCGGGCGCUGCUCGCAGCCGGCGGGCGAUGCGCUUCCUCCGCUGAGCGCAGCGCGGCCGAGCCCGAGCCGGCAGGAUGACGGUGGAGUUCGAGGAGUGCAUCAAGGACUCGCCCCGGUUCCGGGCAACCAUCGAUGAGGUGGAGACAGAUGUGGUGGAGAUCGAGGCCAAGCUCGACAAGCUGGUGAAGCUGUGCAGUGGCAUGCUGGAGGCAGGCAAGGUGUACAUCACCACCAACAAACACUUCGUCAGCGGCGUGCGGGACCUGUCCCAGCAGUGCAGGAAGGACGAGAUGAUCUCGGAGUGCCUGGAUAAAUUUGGGGACAGCCUGCAGGAAAUGAUCAAUUAUCACAUGAUCCUGUUUGACCAGGCCCAGAGGUCGGUCCGGCAGCAGCUGCACAAUUUUGUCAAAGACGACGUGAGGAAGUUCAAGGAGACCAAGAAGCAGUUCGACAAGGUGCGGGAGGACAUGGAGAUCUCGCUGGUGAAGAACGCGCAGGCGCCGCGGCACAAACCGCACGAGGUGGAGGAGGCCGCGGGCACCCUGAGCAUCACCAGGAAGUGCUUCAGGCACCUGGCCCUGGACUACGUGCUGCAGAUCAACGUGCUGCAGGCCAAGAAGAAAUUUGAGAUCCUGGACGCGAUGCUGUCCUUCAUGCACGCCCAGUUCACCUUCUUCCAGCAGGGCUACAGCCUCCUGCACGAGCUCGACCCCUACAUGAAGAAACUGGCCACCGAGCUGGACCAGCUGGUGAUCGACUCAGCCGUGGAGAAGAGGGAGAUGGAGCACAAGCACGCCCUGAUCCAGCAGAGGACCCUCCUGCAGGACUUCUCCUACGACGACCCCAAGGUGGAGUUCAACGUGGAUGCCCCCAACGGGGUGGUGAUGGAAGGUUACCUCUUCAAGAGAGCCAGCAACGCCUUCAAAACCUGGAACAGGAGGUGGUUUUCCAUCCAGAACAGCCAGCUGGUCUACCAGAAGAAGCUAAAGGACGUGCUGACCGUGGUGGUGGAGGACCUGAGGCUGUGCACGGUCAAGCCCUGCGAGGACAUCGAGAGGAGGUUCUGCUUCGAGGUCGUGUCCCCCACCAAGAGCUGCAUGCUGCAGGCUGACUCGGAGAAGCUGCGGCAGGCCUGGAUCCAGGCUGUGCAAGCCAGCAUCGCCUCCGCCUACCGCGAGAGCCCCGACUGCUACUACCUCGAGAGGCUGGACAGGACAGCCUCCCCCUCCACCAGCAGCAUCGACUCGGCCUCGGAUUCGCGGGAGCGCGGCGGGAAGGGGGAGACGAUCCUGCAGAGGGUGCAGAGCAUCCCCGGCAACGAGCAGUGCUGCGACUGCGGGCAGCCGGACCCGCGCUGGGCCAGCAUCAACCUGGGCGUGCUGCUGUGCAUCGAGUGCUCCGGCAUCCACAGGAGCCUGGGUGUUCACUGCUCCAAGGUCCGGUCCCUCACGCUGGACUCCUGGGAGCCAGAGCUGCUGAAACUGAUGUGUGAGCUGGGCAACAACACCAUGAACCAGAUUUACGAGGCGCAGUGUGAGGAGCUGGGGCUGAAGAAACCAACAGCAGGGAGCUCCAGGCAGGACAAGGAGGCCUGGAUCAAGGACAAGUACGUGGAGAAGAAGUUCCUGAAGAAGCUGCCGGGCGGGGAGGCGCUGGCCGAGGGCGAGCGCAAGCCGCGCCGCUGGUGCGUCAAGAAGUGCCAGAGGCACAGCAGCGGCUGCCGGGCGCCCGCGGCGCGCAGGAAAUACCGCCAGGAGCCCGGCGGCGCCUGCCCCGCCAUGCUGGCCUCAGCAGCCACCCUGGAGAGGAAAUUCCGCCGGGAUUCUCUCUUCUGCCCCGACGAGCUGGACUCCCUCUUCUCCUACUUCGACACCGGCGCCGGCUCCGGCCCUCGCAGUCUGAGCAGUGACAGUGGCCUGGGCGGGAGCACCGACGGCAGCGGCGACGCGCUGGUCUUCGGCUCCGUGGUGGACAGCGUCACCGAGGAAGAGUGCGAGGAGUCGGAGGACUCUGGCGGGGAGCCGGAGCUGGAGCCGGAGCUGUGGGAGGCGGAGGAGGCGCGGGCGGUGCCGGCGGCGCUGGCGCUGUGGCGCGCGGCGCGGGGCCGGGCGCUGCCGCUGCUGGCCGCCGCGCUGGCCCACGGCGCCGACGUCAACUGGGCCAACGAGCACGACGAGGGCAAGACGGCGCUGAUGCAGGCCGUCAGCGGGGGGCCCCAGCAACAGCCCCACGAGCUGCAGUACAGGAAAUGCAUCCAGGAGUUCAUCAGCCUCAACAUCGACGAGUGCUAG